AUGCCGGAGAUCACGAUCUUGUCGAUAUUUAGGGCCAUCGGAGAGCCGGGUGGGGCCAAGGAGGAGAAGGUGAGGAGGCUCUGGCUGCCGAUUGCAAGACGGACGGUGCAAUGGUUCGCUGGAAGAGAGAGGAGGUUGCUGUCGCAAGGAAGUAAAGAGCUUCAUCAAGUAUGUGAGGAUAGGAGUGUUCUGCGCUAUGUUUAUUACUACUUGGCCAGAAUUUUAUCAGAUGGUACUGGUGCAGAAGGUUUAAGUGCAGGUGGUGGAAUUCCCACGUCAAAUUGGGAUGCACUUGCCAAUAUUGAUGCUGUUGGAGGUGUCACAAGAGCUGAUGUUAUACCUCGAAUUGUACAGCAGGUUACUGCCAAGGUAUCCAGUGCUGACACUGAAGUUCAUGCACGAAGGCUUGCAGCUUUGAAGUCCUUUAGUGGAGCUUCACCAAGCAGUUCUGAGAUAUUGGGGAAGACAAAGGAUCAUGGGAAUGCUCGCUUUGACUUACGUGAUAUGGGUAUAAGAAAGAAGCUUCAUCCUAUUGAGUCCGAAGACCAUCAAAAAAUAUUAUUGGCCAAAGCAUGCUAUUCUUUGACAAAUGAUGAGAAAGAUGGCUUUUGUCAAGUCUUAAAGGGAGUUAAACUUCCUGAUGGUUGUGCGUCAAAUAUAUCAUAUCGUGUGCAACUUAAAGAGAGAAAAGUCUCAGGGUAUAAGAGUCACAAUGCUCAUUUUAUCUUGCACUACUUAUUACAAGUUGUAGUUAGAAGAACCAUCCCUAAGCACGUUGCAGUUGCUCUAAUUAGAUUGGGUGCUUUCUUUAGUAGCUUAUGUGCAAAAGUUAUACCAUUAGAAGAUGUUGAGCAUUUACAAAUUGAAAUUAUAGAAACACUUUGUCAACUCGAGAGAAUUUUUUUCUUUCAUUUUUUGAUAUAAUGGUACAUUUACCUAUUCAUCUA